UUUCAUUAAUUUUGUGCAGAUGUACAUUACACAGCAAAAUGCUAACUCCCAGAUUACAACAGUUAUUCAUCAAGCUCCUAAAUGCCCAACUUAUCCAUUAGCUAUAUUUACCCAACAGCAAAAGCAAGUGAACAAGCUGUAUUUUGUCUUUGCCUGGCGUGACUUUAAGGAGUAAUUCAGUGUCCACUUAUCCAUCUGUUUGGAUAAGGAAAUAUAUUCAUAUGUAUAUUCAACAUAUACAUGUUCAGUGCCAGCACCUGCGGUGGAUGUUUUUUGAUAUGUUCAUACUUGUAUAAUAUGCAUGCACAAAUUUCCAUGCAAAAAUGCAAAUUCAUCACCACUGCGCUGUCUAUUAGCUGUAGGUUUAUAAUAUAUAUGCUGUAAAUGUACAGACCAUAUACAUAUACAGUACGCGUCAGUGCGUCUUUAUUUUAUUACCACUAGGGGGCAGAGCACCUGCUUUCAUAAUGUCCAGCGUGUUGUAAUGAGCUACUUUUUCCUUGCGAAAUUGAUUGUUUCCUGGUGUCAUUUAUACUCCUGUCAAACCGUCCCUUCAAUACCAAGGCCAUGUUCGUAUGUGUAACGUCGGUGAAGAAACCAGAAGUGCGACUCAAAAUUUUGACCACCACCACAUCUUCAUCACAGAAAGCUUGUUGUGUCAGAUUGUGCAACGACAGCGCAGCAAUUUUACAAGUACUGGAACUGCAGAGGGUAGUUUAAAUUUAGUUUGUGCUAAACAGGGGCACUUUUUUACAACUGCAGCAGUAACUGGUGAACGCAGAGCUGUGCGAGGCUGCACGCGCGCCGGCGCGCGCACACGCACACAGACACAACGCACACAAUGCAUGGCAGCGCGCGGGGCGCAGCGGGAUUGUGGGAUUCGGCACCGCGCGGCGCACACCGAGCCACAGGGGCGCGGAGAGAGCGAGAGAGAGAGAGCGAAAAAAACAUGGCGGCGGCCGAGCGCGCUGCACACCGUUUGCGGAAGUGAGGAGCCUACAUCGUGCUGACAAGGAGCGGACCACGAUGAGGAGACUCUAGGGAUUUGCCAUAGUAUGGCUGCUUCUCGCUCCACACGUGUUACCAGGUCUUCAGUUGGGAUAAAUGGAUUGGAUGAAAAUUUCUGCGGCCGGACCCUCAGGAACCGCAGCAUUGCCCAGUCAGAUGACUCCUCGCCAGCGCCCCUGCCCAGGGCACGUUCGCCCAAGAAGAGGCAGGAAAGCCAACAGCAUGGCACGCCGCAGCAGGCCUCUCCCAAGGGUGGCCAUCAUGGGAAGGUAGCUGAUCCGAAGCACCUGCAGGCGGAGCGUGAAGUCUGCUCCAGCCCCAGGAAACGUGGCCUGUCCUUCUCUGAAAGGGAGUGUUCCAGCAAGGUGGACAACUGCGAGAUCCGACUGGCCCGGGAUGCCUCGCCCGUUCAGAAGCGGGCCAGAUGCUGCUCCCGCUCUGGUGAGGCCCCUGAGCCAAAGGAAGAAUCCCUCGCCAAGACCGAGGGAUCUGCCUGUGACUCCAGAGAGGCUGCGGAAAAUGAGGAGGGCCCAAAAGCAGCAGGGCUCAUCUCUGUACGGGAGAGCAGGGAUGAUAUUGAUGCUGACUUGGGGGCCUGCUCAAAAGAGGGAAAUGACCAGCCUGUCAGUCUCAGUGGGGACCACAAGGUCACCAACGGGCUGGAUGAGCAGGACUCGGGGGUGGCGGAGGCAUCCUGCAGCAAGCCCCCUACGUCAAACACAGAAUGCUCCAGCAUGGCCCCUGAGGAGCCAUGUGCCUCCUCUGCUGGUCUGCUGAAUGGUGGCCAGGCAGUGGCAUCCCUCAUCUUGGAACCUGACGUGCCUUGUAGAAACUCACACUCCGAAAAGGCUGAGCCUGGUGGGCUGAGCGCACUGGGCAAGCAGGACCUUCCCCCGCUGCCUGUAGUCGCCGCCGCCUCCUCAGGGAGCCCAGCAGCAGAGGAGGAGGUGUUGGAUGUGGUGGGGGAGGUUAGUGGACUGUCCCAGGAGCCAGCUGUUGAGAGCACCAAUGGUGGCCUAUGCACAGCGCAGGACAACCCAUGCAUCUCAGGGGAAGCUGACUCUCAACCCACUGGCUACACAGACUGCCCUGCUGAUGCUCCCAGCUUCACCGAACCCCAAGAACACAGAUAUGCGCUGAGGACUUCACCCAGGCGGGGCAAAAGCAGCCCUCCCAAACUAAGCCCUCCCUCCAGGGACAAUGGACUGAAGGAGGAGGAAAUGGGGGUGGAGCCCAAGGCUCUGGGAGAGGCUUGUCCCAAGCCAGAGGAGGAGGCACCCUCUAGACGGUUAGCCAGUGUGUGUCCAGGAGAGGUGGAAACUAAGGCCAGUCGGGAGGCAGUGUUGAUGGAGGGCAGAACCUUCAGAUCCACCAAAGAGAAUACUGGCGUGCUGGCUCUUGCAGAAGAUGAGGAGGAUGAAGAAGAUCCAGACGUUUAUUAUUUUGAGUCAGAUCAUUUGGCUUUGAAACACAACAAAGACUACCAGAGGCUGCUGCAGACCAUCGGUGUGCUUGAGGCCCAGCGCACACAGGCCAUUAUGGACUUGGAGGCUCUGGCUCAGCAUCAGAGGAAGGCCCUGGAUGACCCCAUCGGGUUUGUGGAGCGGCUGCAGAAACAGUUGGUGGCAGGUGUCCCCCGGCCACAACGAGUGGUCCAGCUACCAGACAUCGCGUGGGAGAAGUAUACCUCGGGCCUCGCGGACCUCGAGCGGGAAUUCUGCGACAGGAAGCGCAACACUCGGCGGAUGAAGCUCGUCUUUGACAAAGUAGGAUUGCCUGCUCGACCAAAAAGCCCACCGGAUUCCAAAAAGGAGGGGGAGUCCUCUGCGCUGUACUCUGCUCUGCCUUCCAGUGAUGCUCCUACACACCCCGCCUCCACAAGCCGAGUGCAGAUGAUCAGAGGCAGAGUGUGCGACCAGAAUAAACCAGAUACCUUUAACCAGCUGUGGACGGUAGAGGAACAGAAAAAGUUGGAACAGCUGCUGCUGAAGUUUCCUCCGGAGGAGGUUGAGUCCAAGCGCUGGCAGAAGAUAGCGGAUGAGCUGGGCAACAGGACAGCAAAGCAGGUAGCCAGCAGGGUACAGAAGUAUUUCAUAAAACUGACAAAAGCUGGUAUCCCGGUGCCUGGAAGAACACCGAACAUGUGCAUAUACAGCAAAAAGUCCUCCAGCAAGAGGCAACAUCACCUGAAUAAGCACCUGUACCGGCCCUCCACUUUCCUGACCUCUUACGAGCCGCCCGUAUACAUGGAUGACGAAGAUGACCGCUCUAGCUUCUACAGCACCAUGCAGGACUCUACUGGCGUCGACUCUGAUGAAGAGAGCAUCCCGAUGGAGUGCAGGCACCUGCCGGAGUACAAGGAGCUGCUGGACCUCAAAAGGCUGAAAAAGCAGAAGCUGCAGGAGAUGCAUGCAGAGAGCACUGUGACACAGCACACAGGCUACAAGUGCGAUGCCUGCGGGGUGGAGCCCAUCCAGGGUGUGCGGUGGCACUGCCAGGACUGCCCACCAGACAGCUCCAUGGACUUCUGCAGCAGCUGCUCUGAAUGCGUCCACGUGACCGAGACCCACAAGCCCGACCACCGGUUGGAGCCUGUCUGUCAAGCGGAGUCGUUUCUGGACAGAGACUACUGCCUGCCUCAGACGGUGGGCUACAACUACUUGGACCCCAACUACUUCCCUGCUAAUAGAUGACAGAGGCAAAGCAGGCUGUACUGAGUGGGCCCCGCCUCCCCCC